UGAGUGUGUGCUAUCAGUGCGAGGUUGUCGUAUAGAUUUCGUGGACGCCCUAAUGCCAACACAAGUGCAAAGCUAUAUCUAAGCCACGUCUGUGUGCCGCGAAUGACUAUGGCGAAGGAAACUCUUAAUCAUUAUUUUCGGCUGAGUUUAGUGUGCACAGGGCGGUUCUCGGUUCGCAGUUCUCUAAAAUAAUUAUUAAUUAUUCGAAACAGUAUAUAUAAGUAGUAUAUAUAUAAAAGAAAACAUGUCUUUAACCAAGACAUCGUCGAGGAAAGAUCUAUCGGAAGUAUCGGGCCAACCGAAAUCCACGACCAUAGUCAAGUAUGAGAAGUCCUCGUGCCUCUUCUGCAACGAAUGGUUCGAUGCCCAGACAUUCACGGAACACCUCAUCCACUGCGGUCAGGUUUUGGAGGAGUGUCCCAACGGCUGCCAGGCCUUUAUUCCACGAAUUCGAAUGCGUUCCCACUUGAAGGAGUGUCCCAGGAACCAGCUGCAGUUGAAUCAGAACGGCCAGCGGAUGAGUGUCAGCAUGGAUCGGUUGGACAGGCAGUCGGAUCAGCGACUUGUGGUCAUCGAACAGGAUGUGGGCACCAUUCGAUCCGUUCUCAACGAGGAGAUCCGCCAGCGAUUGCACCUGAUCACCGAUGUGGGGAACAUCCGCAAGCAGAACCAAGUGGUUGAGGAUUGGACCCGGGACACGGAGAAGGCCAUCGAUGAGCUGCGUCGCCAGUUGGAUGAGGAGGCCAACCAGAGGGCCUUCGCCUCCGAGCAGAACCAGCUCGACUUUCAAUACUGCUGUAAUAUCGCUCAGUCCUUAAAGGAGCAGGUUGAAUCAAGACUUGACGAGGCCCAAAAAUUGGUUAACCAACUCUCGGCGGAUGUUACCUUCCAUCAAAACCAACUCAACGAUAAUAUUCUCAAGUUGGAGGAGUUGAUAUUCGAAAACGAGCGACUGAAUCGGGAGAAGUUCUUUCAGAUCGAGGAGUUUCUGCAGCAAAUCAAUGAGGAUAUUAAAACAAAGUUGGGAAAUAGUGACUACGUCACUUCGAAAUACGCCACUUUGGAUUAUGAGGUGAAGAAUGUUAAGAAUAUUGUUUGCGAAACCGAAGAGCGUUGCGAUAAAUUGGAUCGAGCACUUCAUCAAACCAUGCAGAACAUUUCCGAUUUGGAAACACAAAUGGCAAUGCAGCAAAGGAUUGCCAGUGUGCAAAAUAUUAGAGGCCACUUGAUUUGGCGCAUUAAGGAUUACUCGAAGAAACUGGAUGAAUCCAAACAGUACGAUACCAUUUUGCACAGUGCCAUGUUUUCCAAUAAGGCUUUUAGUUAUGCUUUAAGGCUGGAUAUUUACUUGAAUGGCAAGGGAACCUGGAAGGGUAGGAAUUUGAUUGCCUGCCUGAAUGUUUUGACCGGCGAAUACGAUCCCCUUUUGGCCUGGCCAUGUCGCCUUCAAGCCGAGAUCAUCAUUCGCGAUCAGUGCUCGAAUUUGGCCGAUGCCGAGGAUUAUGUCAAGACAAUUUAUGUGCGAAAGAAGAGCGACGACUUUAUCCAGAGCAACCAGUACUUCCACAUACCGCACAGGGUGAUCACCAGUAGGAAUUAUCUUCGCAACGAUUCCAUGUUCAUAGAGGUUCGAAUUCUCAAGUGAUCAUUAAUUAAAAAAGAAUUCCAGUUUUGUAAUACACACAUGUAUAAUAAUUUAUUCCAUUGAGAGCGAACUAGCAGUUAAAAACCCGCUUACAAAAACGAGAUAAUGUAUAGUGUAUAAGUGAAUACAAAUCGAUUCUGUUCAAUACGCGUAUAUAUCAUAUAGUUUUGUUUUCAGUGUAUGCUUUGCAGUUUUAAAUGCUAUUUGUGAAGUAGGCAAUAAAGUUACGUUGAGGCACUCGUGAGACGAAGUCCAUAGAUGGAAAUUGAAUUAAAUGUUUAAAUGUUUAGUUUUUAUUUGUUUAUUGCACUGUAGUUGUAUACUUAAUAAAAUAUUUAGCAAAUUGUUCAUCGUCCAAACGAGAAGCAAGUGAGACGAGAGGAACUUCCAUAAUUGUUGUCUUUACGAGCGCUUUUAAAUACAAAGGUCUUUCAAUAAAACAAACACAACACUUGCUAA